AAAGAAGGAAAAGUCAGGACCGGUUUUCGAUUCGGGUUAGGAAUCAAGGGGGAGCUAGCUGCAGCUGCAUUAGAUCGGAUUUGACAGUACUAGGCUGGGCUAGGUUUGAGACUUCUACCGCCGCCUCGAUUCCCAUUCCCAUUCCUACUCCCAUUCCUAUUCCUCCUCUUUCACGUGGCGCGCGCAUUUCUCCCCUCCGCCUUUCUUUGUUGUUUGCCUUAGCCCCAAAGACAUCCAACAUCACGCUCGCAUACCCAACCUUGAUGUUGACCAUGAAUACCCGAAAUGCGCCGCUUUCACCUGUCUCUGUAGGCGCUGGCAGCGAAUGGUCCGGAAUGUCAAAAUACCAAAACGUCGACAACGACGGUCCUUAUCCCAACAAUCGAGGCCCCGUCUCCCCCCCAGACUCCAACGGUUCCAACGGGAACAUGAAUGGCUUCCCUCCUGGUCCGAGGAGCGUAGGCGGUCCGUCGCCGCCACCUUCUGUCGGACGUUCUAGUGCCUACGCGGGAAGCGAGAGCGGGAGAAGUCUCCGCGAAGAAGGUACCGAAGCGGUCCUAGGGGAACAUUACGUCGCCCUCAAACGUUACUUAUCUUCCACUUCCAAGGAUGGCAGGGCGAAUCCACCUCCUAAUAGGGCAAGGGACAAGUUGUUGCGCCUGUCUUCGGUUCAGUUUUUGGAGUUGUCGACUGACGUCUUUGACGAAUUGAUGCGACGGCAAGCUUAUAGUCGAAGGCCACCCAAUGCACCCCCCAACGUCGGUCCGCCGACCUAUUUAUUACCCGAAGACACCUUUCACCCGAAGCGUAAUCAAGCUCGACAGAAACUUUCGACCCUUGGCUCGCCUAGAUUUAGAGACCUCGCGACGGACGUGUUCUGCGAAUUGGAAAGACGCAUACCUCGAUUUAUUGCUGGGGAUAUUCCUCGGAUGAGUACUCCGGGAAUGCCUUCGAGCCGAGCGGGCACACCAAUGGGUAUGCGAGGGCCAAAUGGCAUGCGACGACCGUCAGACGCGAGCUCCAUCCGCUCGGCAGCUCCGAGGGUUGCCGGCGACUAUCCCGUGCCGCCGUCGCCUGGUCUUGGAAAUGGUAAUUAUGACCGUCCUCUCGCCAAACAAUUCCAGAGCAAUACGAUAGUGCCUAACAAGAGCACGAUGGUCGAGGAAGACGAUGAGGGUGGGUCGAACGACGAGAGCGAUUUUAGAUCACGUAACCGAGAGAGUAAAAGAAGUAUUGGAACAAGUGGUGGCUUGUCUGAAGUGGACAAGAAACUUAUCGACGACUACCAAAUCCAAGUACGGGAGCUACGGGAUAAGAUAGACGGCAUGGAGGACCAAUUAAAAAAGAAGGACGACGAAUUGGUCCAAUUGAUGGAUGGCGAACGAUCCCGUUCAACAGCCUCUAACGUGGAAAAAAGAGAAUGGGAUGACCUGCGCACAGGACUCGAGAGCAAAUUGGCCGAAGCGCAGAAUCUGAACGAGUCCUUACGAGAAGAGCUCGACAGGGUGAGAGAUGAUAAUGCCAUGGAGACGCGGAAAUUAAGGGAGGAGCUUGAAGAGGCUCAGCAAAGCGGUAGCAAUAGGGGCAUCGGGGGAGAUUCUGAAGUUGCUAAGGAGAACGAGGAGCUACGCAAAGCACUUCAAGAGCAGCAGCAAGUGACGGAAAGUGUGCGGUUAGAAGCUCGGCAAUUCUUGGAAGAGAUGAAGAUACUCUCGCAGCAACACAGCCCCUCUUGGGAGAGACAGUCCGAGCUGGAGAAGACCGUCGAGCGGCUAGAACAAGAAGUCCGGGACUGGCGAAACCGUUACGCCCGCACCAAGACCCAACUUCGCAACAUGCGUGCCUCAUCGAUGGGACUUACGAUCGAUCAGGAUGCCGGCAAGUAUGUGCGAGAGAGGGGCUUCACGGAAGAUGAAGGUCUGGUUAAGGACGUUCACGUCACCAAGUUUCAAAUUGCCAUUGACGAAUUAUUGCAGAGGGCUCGUAUCGAUGACCCGGACAAAGUGAUUGACUCUAUGAAAGCGGUAAUCGUCAGUGUCCGACGCAUCACCAAGGACAUCGACGAAUCCCAGCCUAAUGACGGGGAACAAAUCCAGCAGCAGCAGAAGCUUAAAAGCCGUGUAUCUGCCACCGCAAACAACUUAAUUACCGCAUCCAAGAAUUUCGCUUCCGGGGCCGGUAUUUCCCCUGUCUCUCUGCUUGAUGCGGCUGCUUCUCAUCUGGUCGCUGCUUUGGUGGAACUAUUACGAAUCGUGAAAAUCCGCGCCACGCCGGCUGGCGAGUUAGAGGCUGGCGAUGAUGGCACGGUGACGCCGGUAGAGUCGACCGGGUUCUUCUCGAAUCGCUCUACGACGACGCAGCAGGAGGAAGCGUAUAUGAGACCGCAGGAUUCUCCUCUUGUACCCCCUCCGCCUUUCCAAGGUCUGCGUGCCGGAAUACGUGAUAGUGCCAAUUCUUCCGCAUAUAGCCCUGUUAGCUCGCCGAGGGAAUCCAGCGAACGGUAUAACGGCGGCGUAAACGGGAUGACUUUCAUGGGGAUAAAUAAGAAUAACUCCCCCAACGGCUUGGGACGACAGGAUGCCAAGAACGAAGAUCUCAAGAUAUAUCUCGAAGAUCAAACCGAGAUCAUGGUUCAGACCAUCCAAGGCCUGGUCGGCUCCAUCCGUGGGGAUGCGCCCAUCCAGCAGAUCAACGACGAGAUUACAUCGAUCGCCGAUAUCGUCGGCAAAGUUGUUGCGCAGACUGAGGCGUACGGCAACAGCAGCGAGAUGACGGAUCGACUAUCCGCCUGUCGCCAACGCUUACUUGAAGCUGGUGAGCAGGGUAAAGAUCUAGCAGCUCGCGGCCUCGGAGAUAGCGACAGGGAAUGGCGUAUGUGGACGCAGACGCUACCGCCUAUCGCCUUCGAGAUCGUACGCGAGACUAAAGACCUAGUCCAGCGAAUCGACCGUCUGGUCAUGUCACCAACCGCAGACGAUUUCUCCUAGAAGGGGUGUACGAAGCGAACGAGGUUCAUGCCGAUACCUUUACGUCUCAUUGUUUGAAUUCCAAAAUUGAGUUCAAACUCGUCAUUUUCCCCCUUGUGCUCUUUAUUACUUUUUUUUUGCAUCAGGUCUCGAUCAGAUACCCCGUGGGCUUUUUGCUUUGAUGGAUUGUGCAGAGCCGUACGAUAGUCGGCU